UGCAGAGAUCUAGUGAGAGGGACAGAUCUACAGGGAGAGGGAGGAAGAGAGGUCUAGGGACCGAAGAGAUAUCACCAUGGUGGUGGCGCUGGGACCCGGCCGGUUCUACGGCAGCAGCCUCCCGCGGCCGCGCUUCUUCCCCGGCGACCGCGUCGACCCGCCGCCGUCCGUCACCGAGCCGCUCCUCGCCUGGGCGCAGGAGGCGCACUGGUCCAUGGGCGGCCUCGGCGUCAAGCGCCUCCGCCUCCAGGGCCGCAUCGAGGGGUCCAUCGACAAGCUCCGCCGCCGCGCGCGCCGCGACGCCAGGGCCAAGGCGCGUGCCGCCGGCCACAAGCCCGCGUCGCUCGCCGCGCUCGGCUCCGACGACGACGCCAGCGACGGGGACUCCGAUGCGGAGGAGGCGGCGGCGCAGGAGCGGAUUCUGAAGCGGGAGGUCGUCGACGACGACGAGGACUCCGACGGGUCCGACCAGUCGGAGGAAGAGGAGGAGGAGGACGAUGAGCCCCUCGCGACCAUCGCCACCGCUGCCAAGAAGAAGCGCGCGAGGAAGCUCAGCGACGAGUUUGACCGCAUUGCCGCGCAGCAGCAGCUGGAGAAGAAGCAGAAGGCGGCGGCCGCGGCGCCGGCGAGGACGUCCCCGAGGAGGCAGGCUUCCGCACCAGCGGCAAAGGCGCCGGCGAGGGCGUCGCCGAAGAGGAAGGCUUCCGCACAAGCUGCCAGGGCGUCGCCAAGGAGGAAGGCCGCCGCGCCGGCCGCACCGGUGGCUGGGGCCAGGAGAACCUCGCCCAGGAACAAGAACUGAGCGGUGGCCGCUGUAUGUACUGCUCUAGUUCCUGAUCUGUUAGGUCUUUUCUAGGCUAUUGUGUGGGGUGGUAGUCUUGGAAAUGUAAUGAGUUAUUGUGUGGCUAGUGUUGGAUGUUGGAAUGAUGAUGGAAUGGAAUAGAUGAUAAUUAUCUCUGUGACUUACCCUGGAAUAACAUAGUAGCUGUCUUUAUUUCUGUA